CUCAAAAGCCUCGACCAAAUGCCAGCUAGUUAAAACUUAAAAUACUGACAUUCAAAUAUAUGAAUUUAAUAAGAAGAAGAAAUUUUUCCGAAUUUAGUUUUUGAUUAAGUUAUAUCAUACGUAUCUAACAAAAAUGUCUCAAAUAAAAUUAUUUCUUAACAAACAGAACCUUUUGCGUCCAGCUACCAGGUUUAUGUCGGAUUGGGUACCUAAGGAAACAGUAACUCAUACUGGGCAGAAAUGGAGCUCAGAUGAUUAUAGAUUAUCCAGAUUUAUAGAUAGACCUAAACACGUUAACAAAAAUUUUGCAAUCAAUCUCAUUGCUGAAGUUCCCCCAAAACCCUGUAAAGAGCGUGUAGUUUGGUGUGAUGGUGGCAGUGGACCUACUGGACACCCAAAAGUAUAUAUUAAUUUGGACAAGCCUGGAAAUCAUAGUUGUGGUUAUUGUGGAUUAAGAUUUUAUAAGGAAGAUCAUCACUAAAUGCUUGUAUAUAGUUAGAAAUAAAUUUAAAUGACUAAUAUAUCCUAAAAUACAA